AUGAGCAGUCGGUUGAUCGAGGCAAAUCAGUCCUUUGGACACAAUGAGCGCCGAGCUCAUGGCUUUUUCCGGGACCAAGAUGACGAGCCAGUAAUUGCACUCUUGGACGGCUGGAAGGAGAAGCGACUGGGCGCUUUCAGAGACGAAGAUUUGGCAGCCGGGGAAGCCAAUGGAGCUACAGCCCGCGAGCGAGCAUCUGUCGCAAUCUCUGGGGGGAUGGGUCCAGCCGCACUUGUGGCAGUUGGGAUCGGUGCCCUUGUCGGAGGACCGGUUGGAGCUGCCGUCGGGGCCGGUGUUGUUGCCGUCACAGGUAUCGGAGGAGCUGCUGUUGUCGCGACACAUGUCGUCAACUCUAGAGGCUGGGGCACCGACCUGAAAAAUCUUGCCGAUAACUGGGAGUUUGCAUUCGACAACGACUUGGCUCAACAAUUGAAGAAAGACUUGCCAGCCGAGUGUCGCCCAGAGACAAGCCUCGAGACGCCUUUCCGAGUUUGCGAUGAUUGCGAAGACAUUCUACUUGGCAACCACUUAGUUAAUCAGCGUCUUGGUUACUUGGAUAGACCCAACGGGGGUUGCUGGCUAUGCAGACUAGUUGUCAAGAUUUGCAAAGAAUCUGGCAACUUCAACCGAUCAACAUACUCUUUCAUCACCAGAGUAGGCUCGACGAUAGUCCUACAAACAGAUAGCAUCAAAGUGCACAACACUCCCGUUCUCCGGCUGUUUUCUGAUAUGUGGUCUUCGGGAAAGUCGAGCAGCAGAGUUCAGAUCGGGUUCCCAGUGUUGCCCCAAAGCAACGAGUUUCGUUUCACCCUGAUUCGCCGCUGGAUCAAAUGGUGCGACAAGAAGCACAGCUGCAACAACCUCCAUGGCAAGGACAUGCCCUCUAGGCUUAUUGACGUGGGCACAUCUCUCGCUGACACCCCGAGACUCGUGUCGGGAAAGGGGAUGAAGCAAAGCAAAUACAUCGCCCUAUCUCACCGCUGGGGGCUCACUCCUGGCGAAAGAGUCCAGUAUUGUACGACCAAGGACAACUUCGAAGCUCAACACACGGCCAUCAAUUGUUUGGCACCAAACUUUAGGGAUGCUGUGGAGGUGGCUCGAGCCGUCGGCGUGCGCUACCUCUGGAUUGAUUCACUCUGCAUCAUUCAGGGUGAUCCUGAAGACUGGGAGGAACAAGCUAAACUCAUGGAAAGAGUCUACGCUUCAGCUUAUUUUACCAUUGCCGCCACUUCGGCUGAGGACAUGAACGGGUCAUUCCUGAAGCAGACUGAGAGACGGGAUGAGCACAUCUGCUUCAAGAAUAACAAAAACCAAGUCUUCUACGCCUCCCGCAACUUGACCUCUUUCGACGAAGAGGUUGACCGGGCGGAGCUCAAUGAUCGGGCAUGGACCUUGCAAGAAAGGCUUCUGUCUUGCCGAACGAUCCACUUUGCCGCUGGGCAGAUGUAUUGGGAGUGCGGUCACGGAGUGUACUGCGAGGACUUGACCAGAUUGAAGACCUCGGAAGGCCAAAAGAAGAGCUUCAGACUGGAUUCAGAGUUUCCUCGCUUGCUCCGUCGCUCAGGAGUCGGCUACACCUUGCACUUCAUCCAGUACCUCCUGGAGGACUACUCAAAGCGGGGCAUCUCCAUGCCCGAAGACAGAGCCGUUGCCAUCGCCGGGCUUGAGAGCCGCAUCACAACAGCGUUGAGUUGCGAAAGUCGUUGCGGCAUCUUUGGCACUUACUUGCAUCGAAACCUCCUUUGGCGUAGAUCUGGAGGGCAAAGCUCAGAGCGGAUCAACUACACGAAUCGAAAGGUUCCAUCGUGGUCUUGGAUGGCGUAUGAGGGAGGCAUCGAGUUCCUAGACAUUCCGUACGGCAAGUUCAUGUUUUUCGCCCCCGUCGAGUUUGACCCGGCAGAUGAGACGGCCCUGAUCGUUCAACUAUGGGCAUUCAAGAACGAUUCUGUGGCGCAGGGGGUAACAUCAACGUCUGGCGAACGCCAGAUCAUAGAUGCCAAGGGCGAGGAAGCAGGGUCCAUUUCGUACGAUGCUAAGGACAGAGAAGACCCCCACCGACCACUCUGUGUGAUUAUAGGGAGGGCAAAUGUGCCAAUUGACGCGGCCCAGGAGGAGAUCCGGUAUCACAUUUUGAUUGCAAAGAAAAGCCAGGAGGCGGAGGACACCUAUGAAAGAAUUGGGGUUGGCUGGGUUCGAAAGGAUUACGUCCUAUCACGGGUCAAGUCCAGAGCAAGAUUAGUAUGA